AUGCGCAUAAGCAUACUAAUAAUACUAGAAUCAUUUUCAGGUACACAUGUAUUCAGUGAAAAAGCCAACGGUUGGGGUUUCUCAUCUCAUCCUAGAACAUUAAGUGGUCCUGUUGCAUGGUAUCUAGUGAAUGAUACACUUACAGUUGAAGCUGAGAUUCAAGUCCGUAGUGUUGUGCAUUAUUCUGUGAUUGAACCUGCAAAGGAAGUUAACAAAGAUGAACUGAAACAGCCCAAGCGAGCAGUUGAAACAUCACAAGAUCAAGUUCCCCUGAGUUGUCAUAGCAAAAAAUUUAAAAAGCGUAAUUCAAAGGCGGAAAAUUUACCUCAGAAGGAAGUACUUGAAACUGUAGCGACGGUUGAACCACCAACUGCUGUAGCAACUCCUUUAAUUGCUAAACCUCUGAGUCGGACAGAAGGAGCUGUUCAAACCGGAGCUACCACUAAUGAGCAAGAAAUUGUGAAGGAACCACUUCUGCCUCCUACUGUCAACGAGAAGGAUCUUCCUCAGGAUCCUCCUUCUGCGCCUGCAUUAUCCUCCCCUGAUUUGCAGAAGUUUUCUAAGAAUCUUCUGACUGAAAUUUCAAGUCGGACAAGGACUCAAAAAUCUCUUCCUAGCAAUGAAAUUCCAGUUUUAAGCGAAGCAACUGGGACUGACUUUGUAUGUCAACAAAAGGAAGCAUUGGGCGGGUUUCUGAAUAUGUCAUUAGAGGCUAUCCAACAAGCUGAUGCCUUUGGAAAUAUCGAGAAGAUUAUCCUUGUACUCGUUCAGCAUGCUAACAGUUUACAGGAGAAGACAAUUCUUGAAGAUCUAGCUUCUCGCUUGGCAGAAUUUCAAGAGAGCGUCCCGAGAUCUACAACCAUUGCAGAAACUCUGCGAGCUCGCAAAACAUCUCUUGCAGGGAAAACUGUAGAUCUUAAUGCAAGAUUGGAGCAAAGAAAAAAGGAACUAACUUCCUUGGAAGACAAAUUCUCAAGGCUUUCGGAAGAAGCAGCAAAACUCCAUGCUGAAAUUCAGCGCUUAACGACACAAAAGGAGGAGGUCUUUUCCCUGAAGCAAUCUGCUGCAAUUGAACUGCAGAAAGCCAAUGAAGGAGCAUCGAGAGACCUUGAAGAAUGGAGAGACUUAGAAGGGGAAAUCAAGCAGUCCAAUGCCGAAAGGCUUGGAGCCAAAGAGAAACUGGUAUUAGCUAAUGUGCGUUGGAAACAUUACAAAGAGGAUCUUUCAGAGACCAUGAAGAACGCAGAGGCUUAGACGGAGAAAUCAAGCAGUCCAAUGCCGAAUGGCUCAUUAGCUAAUGUGCGGUAGAAACUCUACAAUUAGGAGGAUCUUGGUUUUGGAAAGCUUACUAUUUUGUAAAAACUUAUUUGAAUCAUGUAGUCUAUCAUAGAAAAAUUAUUCAGUAAUUAAUUGAAUUACUGUUCAUUUCUGCUUUUCCUUUAGCCUCGUAUAAUAUGAACAAAAUUAAAUUCAGCUCAUCCACCUAAACUUUUAUUUGCUA